AUGAGCGACGUAUGAAUGGAGGGGAUUCUUUCAAGCGCUAACGGAACCUCUUCCAAGAGUCAACGACAUGGCUGCAAAGACUGAAACGUCCGUAGGUUUUCUUGCGAUGCGUUAUUGUCAGAGAUGGGGUGGGAGAGAAUGAAAGAGGCAAGUCCCAAAUAAGGCACGGACUAAAACGGAAAGGGGAAAAACAAUGAUUCAGGAUAUUCCCACAGGAUGUGUUGGCUGAAACUGGAAAUGAAAGGUGUAGGAGUGAGCUCGAGCGCUGCAUGGAGCGUGAGGAUGUGAGAGCACUAGUGCGCGAGCGGACCACUAUGUUCAGUGUUGUCAUCAGCAUAAAGGAUACCAGGCACACUUGAGAUUGUACUCUUCACUACACCAUGGGUGCCUGUGCGUGGUUAGUGCUGGUUAUUGUCAAUGAAGUAGCAGCCCUCCUGUAUGCGCAACAGUCUUCACCAUGUGAAGUGGUCCAAACGGAUGUGUUUUGCAACAACAAGAACCUAAGAAGCAUUCCUGGCCGGCUGCCGCCUGGCAUCCAGAAGCUUGACCUCUCUCGGAAUCUGCUCCAGAAUCUGACCCACGAGGUCCUGUCAGUCUACAACACCGUUCACCAUCUCAAUCUUCACUCGAACAAGAUUCACUUCAUCCAGCCCGGCGUCUUCAGGGCCCUGACCAACCUCCAGGUCCUGGACCUCUCAGAGAACAACCUGGAUGUUUUUGCUGCUCUCAAAACGGAUGUGGGCCGUCUUCCUUCGGUGGAAAGUCUGGAUUUAUCCGGGAAUGGGCUGUACACCGGCAUGAGUGAUUACUUCCUGAGGGACGCCCCGGCGUUGAAGAACCUAUCUCUAGAUGGCAACAGCAUUACCAUGAUAGACAAUGGCACUUUCACGGGGUCUUCAGCGCUCAGAAAAAUCGAUCUGCACAACAAUGUCAUUUUAGAAAUUACAGAAGGUGCCUUUGAAUAUCUAAACGACCUCUCUGACCUUGACCUGUCCAUGAACUCUAUCACGUGCAUCACUGAUUUCAACCUUUGCCGCCUUAAACUGUUGAAUCUCAGCAAAAACAGCUUGGAGCUUUUUCAGGCCGUCGAGCUGGACAGAGAAUAUGAGCUCCUGUACCUAGACUUGAGGGAGAACAAGAUCCCUUACUUCCCCAUCCUGCCCAAGAUGAGCAGGCUGAUGUACCUCGAUCUGUCCCGAAACCGCCUGAGGGACGUCAACACCUCUGGCAACGCAGAGGAGGACCUCAUGUCGGAGAGGUCAUUUAAAGGUCACCAGAGAGUAGGCCACCAGGACUUCUCACAGCUCCUGUACUUGGACAUGAGCUUCAAUCAAAUCAAGUCUUUGCCCUCGUUGUUUUUCAGCAGUAUGAUGUUUCUCGAGACACUAAAUGUCAGCAACAACUGUUUAGAAGCCUUCAGUGUUACUCAGGAAGCUCCUUUGAAUGGCCUUAAAACCCUUGACUUGAGCUUCAAUGCAUUGCAGGAGCUGUCCUUCGAGCAGAACACCCUGCUGUCCCUGGAGGCUUUAUAUCUCCAAGGCAACUAUUUAGGCACAGCGGACUCGCACUUAUUCCACAGGCUGCCUUACAUCCGAGAGCUACACCUUCAACAGAACUACCUGAGAAUCUGCGAGCCUCACGCCUCUGAAAUUAGCCACAAGCCACGGCCCCACGGCUGUGUGUCGUUAUCCUCCAUACCCACCCUUAAAUAUGUGUCCCUUGCUGACAACAGCCUUAGGAUUGUUCCUCAGAACGCUUUCCGUGGCAGUCCUGUACAGGUUCUGGAUCUGUCGAAUAAUCCAGGCCUGUACCUUCACAAAAAUGCCUUUUCUGGUUUAGAAACGUCACUGACUCACCUCAGCUUGCAAGAAAACCAUCUUCACACUCUCAACACCGACCUGUCGUUCUUAACGAGCCUGCGGGUCGUGAACCUGUCCAUGAAUAGGUUGACGUCCCUCCCCUUGAGGAACAAAGAGUCGUCCAUAGAGCUGCUGAACCUCCAGAACAACAGCCUUGUGACGUUAGAGCACAACACGCUGGAGGUUUUGGAGAGGACUCUGAAAACUCUGUACAUGGGUUUGAAUCCCCUGAGCUGCUGCAGUAACGGCAGGUUUCUGGACAUGGUGAAAGGCAAGCCCAGUGUGGAGAUCCCGGAUCUGGCCAGCGUCACCUGUCAGUACACCCUGGACUCUAACGAGGUGGAGAUCAACAUAUUGGACGUUGUGGAGGACCACCACUGCAAAUCGCUCGACUUGAAAACAUUAAACAUUGUCAUAAUCGUGGCCAGCGGUGUGGGGCUGAUUGUGACAUUAGUUGUUGUUUUUAAACUCUGUCAUCGAAGACGGCGGAGGCAUAACAGUAGCUUUAAAGCAUGAGCUGUGCCGGUGAUUUGUUUUUGUAUUUUGUUGUAACAGAGGUUCAUUGGAAAAUGGAAGGGAAAAAUACAGCAUUUGAGAAGGACACACAUAUCUUAAGGUUUCACAGAUAUUUAAAGCACUUUGAAUGGACUGAGACCAAUUGAACUAAGAAGUUAUAUAAUUGUCAUUACACUUAGCAUAACUUUAAAUGAAGUUGAAUGACUGAGCACUUUUUACCUAUGACACUAUUAUUUUGUAACGUUUUGAUAUCAAGUAGCACUUUAAUGUUUUGUGUUUUGUUGAUGUGAAAAGGAUUUAAAACCAGGAUGUGAAUAUUUUACCUAGUUUUGUUUUUAGUGUCAACAAAUGAAAUGGUGGCUAUUUCACUACACCCUGAAGUAUACUAUGAGCGAGGAGUGUUUGUUGUACGUAAGUCAAAAGAUGCAGAUGAAGAUGUAUUUUUUAACCACUCUUACCGUAUCUCAUAGCAUCCAAACAGAAAAUAAAAUACAAAACUGUGACACAAUAUGUAACACGAACCACAAUAUAUCUUCUUCAUUUCCUUUUGAAAACAACUGACAUAUUCCGACAGAUCUGAGUUUAGCCAAGGGACUGUUUCCAGUGGAAAACAACAAGCUUUGUUGGAACACCUGCGUUAUAGUUGCUUGUUUUUACAGCUUGCUGGCACCAUGGAUUCCUUUCCUGUUAGUGAAUGUGCGCUUGGCUAACUGUUUUCUUAUGGCCUAAGCUGAACAACAUAUUAGGUUUGGGGCUGUAGCCUAUACACAUCAUUCAGCAGAGCUCUGGUCAAUUUAAAUGUUUGUCCGCUACUAAAAACCUUUCAGAAAACAAUAGAUCAAUUAAAUGAUAACUUUUUUGAUAUGAGAUAGCUUUUGUCUGAAUCAUGCAAAGAUACUGAAAUCUUGACAGU